AUGACCACCAAUCCCAAUAGAAGAGUAGCCUUCAGUCCAAACGUGAUGAUUAUUCCAAUCCUGAGCCUCUACGAUUAUACAACCAGCGAGAUCUCGGCUGCCUGGUUCAACGGAGAAGAAAUGGAUGACAUCGCUAAUCGGUGCUUCAAGGUGUUAGCUAGAAUGGAAAGUGGGUUUUCAAAAAAAGUGAAGAAGUACUGUAUUCGAGGACUCGAGGGCCACACUACAAUUGGGUCCAUUAGUAAGAGAAAGAACAGGUCCACUGCAUUGACGGCUGUCCUAUUGGAACAAUCCAAGCAGCGAGUUGAAAACAGAGUCGACGCCGAAGCUAUUGGUGCUACCUAUAGAAGAACGACCACAAGCUGCCAACUAUGGGCCCAAGUCGUGGGAAAACGCGAUAAUGAGACUGCCAUUCUUUGUUCCGAAGAUAUCUACGAAGCUAUCCAUACAAAUGUCCAACUUCCCGUCCAACAAAAUCGAACAAUGCCUUUCCGAAAGCAACAAAACCGCAAUCGGACCAAAAGGCUACCUGGCAUGUUUGAGCCACGGGGUGCUCGUGCGGCUUGA